CUUCUAUCCUGUAUAUGUCCUGUAAGUCUUUUGUUUUUGGUUGUGGUGGGGGGAGGGGGUAAUUAUAAUUACAUCUUGGCUGUAUUUUUUUGUAUGUGAACCAUUCUUAUCAUAGUUCCGUUCUACCUUUUUUUAAUUUAGAAAAUGUCAUCUAAAGAUCCAGCUAUGAUUGCUGCAAUCGACUUUGGUACUGUGUAUUCUGGGUACGCCUUUUCUAUCAUUGAUUCUUCCCCAAAAAGGCCAUUUACUAUUAAUGUGAAUCAAGCGUGGAAUGCUGGAGGACACAACUUGCUUUCCAUUAAAACCCCGACGACUCUUUUACUUGACGCUAGCAAACAGCUUGUGGCUUUUGGGUACCAGGCUGAAAAUAGAUAUACGGAAUUAGAAAUGGAUGGUAAAAUUGACGGCUAUUAUUACUUUCAUAGAUUUAAAAUUAAAUUGCUUGAAAAAGAGAAUUUGUCAUCUGAUACUGAACUAGCAGACAUUAAAGGAAAACCAGUUCCAGCAAAAGAAGUAUUCGCUUUAUCAAUACGAUUUUUAAAACAGCAUUUGAUUAACUCUUUAUCGAGACAAGGUGUUGAUGUGGCUGACUUCAGAAUCCAAUGGGUUCUAACCGUGCCCUCUAUUUGGUCAGAUGGUGCAAAGCAAUUCAUGCGGCAAUGUGCAGUGAAGGCAGGUAUACCAAAUGACAGUCUGGUGAUUUCCCUCGAAUCAGAAGCAGCAUCAAUAUUCUGCCAUCAUAUUUCAUCAAACCUGUCAGUCGGUGCUAAUACAGGUGUUUUGUCAUCGAAGAAAGGAAUACAAUAUAUGGUAGUCGACAUGGGAGGUGGAACCAGUGAUAUAACAGCUUUAGAAAACAUCGGCAAAAACCAAUUAAAAGAAAUUUGCAGGGCAAGUGGUGCUGAUUGUGGCGGUAUUGCCGUGGACAAUGCAUUCUAUACAAUUUUUAUGCACAUCGUCGGACAAGCUGUUAUUGAUGAUUUGACUAAUUCAAGCCCUUCAGCUUACUUGGAUUUGUUCAGAGAAUUCGAAUGCGUAAAGCGAUCUUUAACUCCCGAACAAACAGGAAAAAUUACCAUGUCGAUUCCUUUUCUCACCUUGACGCAAGUUUGUGAGAAACAUCACAAUAAAGAUUUUGUAAGCUUAUUAAAAGCGUCUAAUUAUAACCAUCAAAUGACGAUUGUCAACGACAAAUUACGAAUUGAAAUUGAUUUAUUAAAACUGUUGUUCAAACAAACUACAGACAAAAUUGUCAAUCUGAUAAAAGAUAACUUGCACCAGGUACAAAAUAAACGAGCGGUCAAUGUCAUUUUAGUUGGAGGGUUCUCCGAAAGUCUCAUUGUGCAACAUGCAAUAAAGUCUUCUAUUCCAUCUCAUAAUAUCAUAGUUCCAAACGAAGCUACUCUCGCAGUUUUGAAAGGAGCAGUCAUUUUCGGAACUGAUCCAAAUGUUAUCGUAUCUCGUGUUGUACGUUAUACAUAUGGAUUUCAAGUUUCCAACGAUUUUGAUCCGAAAUUACACGAAUUCCUUCGACAAGUUGAAGUUGACGGUUUACAACUUUGCGAGAAAGUAUUUGAAAAGUUUAUGGUGAUCAAUUCAACAGUAAGUCUUGGACAGAAAAUUAAGGAAACUUUUACGACCACCAAAAAAUUCCAAGAGCUUCACUAUCUACCUCUCUUCACUUCAACGAAGAAAGAACCAGGGUAUACUGAUGACAAAACAUGUAAACAUGCUGGGAAUGUGGUCGUUAGAAUUCCGAACCCAACUGAAAAAUAUCGUGAUAUAGAUGUCACUAUUUGUUUCGGACAUACUGAACUUCAAAUAGAGGCUGUUGACGUUGAAUCGGGUAAUAUGUGUCAAACGACGUUUGAAUAUGUAUGAAUUCAAAGUGCAAAAUAUUUUACAUUGUAUCAGGUAACUGACAUCCUUUUUUAAGAUAUCAUAAUGAAUAUCAUGUUUAA